CCUCCCAACUCCAAUCCAUGGCUUUUCUCCUUCUUCUUCUCCUCCUCUUCCUCCCUUUUCCUGCCCUAAUCCUCCUCCACCACCUCUACUACCGCCUCCGAUUCCGCCUCCCCCCGGGCCCCCGCCCCCUCCCCGUCGUCGGCAACCUCUACGACAUCAAGCCCGUCCGCUUCCGCUGCUUCGCCGACUGGGCCAACACCUACGGCCCGAUCAUCUCCGUCUGGUUCGGAACAACCCUAAACGUCGUCGUCUGCAACACCGAAUUGGCUAAGGAGGUACUCAAGGAGAAGGAUCAGCAGCUCGCCGACCGACACCGCAGCCGCUCCGCCGCCAAAUUCAGCCGCGACGGCCAGGAUCUGAUCUGGGCGGAUUACGGGCCCCACUAUGUUAAAGUGAGGAAGGUGUGUACAUUAGAGCUGUUUACCCCCAAACGCCUCGAGGCGUUGAGGCCAAUUCGGGAGGAUGAAGUCUCCGCCAUGGUUGAGUCGAUCUACAAUGACUGCAUUUCUCCCGAUAACUCAGGGAAGAGCUUGUUGGUUAAGAAGUAUCUUGGAGCUGUGGCAUUCAACAACAUUACAAGACUUGCGUUUGGGAAACGAUUUGUGAAUUCUGAAGGGAUAAUAGACAAACAAGGUCAGGAAUUCAAGGCCAUUGUUUCGAAUGGAUUAAAGCUCGGUGCAUCCCUAGCUAUGGCCGAGCAUAUCCCAUGGCUCCGUUGGAUGUUCCCACUGGAUGAAGAUGCGUUUGCCAAACAUGGAGCGCGUAGGGACAAUCUCACUCGUGAGAUCAUGGAAGAGCACAUGCUUGCUCGCGAAAAAGGUGGAGGAGCCCAACAGCACUUCUUUGAUGCUUUGCUGACACUAAAAGAUAAAUAUGAUCUGAGUGAGGAUACCAUUAUUGGCCUUCUCUGGGACAUGAUCACUGCUGGAAUGGACACAACUGCAAUAUCUGUCGAAUGGGCCAUGGCCGAGCUGAUCAAGAAUCCGAGGGUCCAACAAAAGGCUCAGGAAGAGCUAGACCGUGUAAUUGGCUAUGAACGAGUGAUCACUGAGCUGGACUUCUCAAACCUUCCCUAUCUGCAAAGUGUAGCCAAGGAAGCACUGAGGUUGCAUCCUCCAACCCCUCUCAUGCUUCCUCACCGUGCCAACAGCAGCGUGAAGGUCGGCGGCUACGACAUCCCCAAGGGAUCAAACGUGCACGUCAAUGUAUGGGCAGUGGCGCGUGAUCCUGCAGUAUGGAAGAACCCCUCAGAAUUCAGGCCAGAGAGGUUCCUCGAGGAGGAUGUUGAUAUGAAGGGACAUGAUUUCCGUCUCCUUCCCUUUGGUGCCGGAAGAAGAGUAUGUCCCGGUGCCCAGCUAGGUAUCAAUCUGGUCACAUCCAUGAUCGCCCACCUCUUGCACCACUUCAACUGGGCUCCUCCGAAUGGAAUCAGCACGGAGGAUAUCAACAUGGGAGAGAAUCCCGGUCUCGUGACCUAUAUGCGGACGCCAUUGGAGGCUGUUCCUACUCCUAGAUUACCUGCCACUCUGUACAAGCGUAUUGCAGCGGACAUGUAAGAUCUAUGGUUUUGCCUAAGCACUUCGUCACUUGAGAUAUUGGAUUGAAUCAAAAGUUCUUCCUUUGGAUUUGUAAGAAAAAUUUCCCUCGGUUUCUUGGUAGGACUUUUGAUGCAUUUGUUGUGUGCAAUUUGAUGUCUAGAGAAGUUUGUAUUGGUAGGGAAAGAGAAGCUUAUUACUGUAAUGUUCCCACUGCUAAAUAACUGAGGAUUUUGACCUUUUUUAAAUCAA